AUGGAUUACUCCGAUGAUUCUGAUUUUUACGGGGACGAGGAAACUGUAAUGGACCUUCGUUAUCGUGUCCAAGAAUUCGACGCCCAGGGCUGGAUGCUCCAGCAGCAACAAAGUCCCGGAAGACCACUUCCUCGCAAAAACAUCGUCGCAGAUACAUCGCAUCUCCAUAAUCCCUAUGCUGGUGUUCACUAUGCGUGGCAGCUUACAGAGACGGUAGAUGACUUCCUCACCCGUCUGCCACCAAAGACAACAGACAUCACAGAGGAUACACCAUGGAUUUUUAUUUGCAAUCCAUAUAUUCCUCGUGUGGAGAAAUUCAUGGCGCAGAACCAGCUCAGUAAAGGCAAUGAAGACGAAGCCCCUGAAGAGGAAGGCAGCAAGACCGCGCUUGUCAUGGAAGGUGGCCUUGAACGACUGGAGCUUCUAACCAAGUUCAUGGACGGUAUCAAGAAAAGCAACAAGGCCUUGUCAAUACAGGAGCGGGAGAUGACCAGGGAACAAAAGAAAGCCUCAGACGACAUACUGCACCUGGCACACGCGGCCAAAGUUCGAGCUGGCAAGUGGAUGCUAUUCUGCUCACCAGCAGAAGUCAACGAUGUGUGGGAUAUCAUCGCAAAAGCAACUGCAAACAACGAGCUUGGCAUCGCAGCAAAAGUUGCUCCUCGGCCAGUCGACGAAGAUUCCCGCAAGGAUCGAAUCAUCUGUGUGUACACGACCGAUUUCGCAGACAAGGCCGAUGUAGGCAGGGUUCUUCAGAAGCUGCGAGAGCUCAGAUUGGUAGAGGCUCGAGGAAGGCCAAUCUACUAUAAGCCAGAUGCAUAUACGUACAUAGGGAUAUCAUUUGGCAACCCCUGGGGUCUAAAAGCGUCAAUCUAUAAGUCAUCUGACAUUUUCCAAACCUGA